GCAGCCACCGCUGAAGUCAGCAAAACCGAGCCUGGCCUGAGGCAGGCUGCGCGGGAGGCCAAAGCCAUGGCCAUUGCCACGUCGGCCCAGCUGGCCCGGGCACUGUAUGACAACACCGCUGAGUCCCCCCAGGAGCUGUCCUUCCGCCGAGGGGAUGUCCUACGGGUCCUGCAGAGAGAGGGCGCUGGACUGGACGGCUGGUGCCUCUGCUCCCUACACGGCCAGCAGGGCAUUGUGCCCGCCAACAGGGUGAAGCUCUUGCCUGCUGGCCCAGCACCCAAGCCCAGCCUCUCUCCUGCGUCCCCAGCCCAGCCUGGCUCACCAUAUCCAGCCCCAGAUCACAGCAAUGAGGACCAGGAGGUGUAUGUGGUGCCGCCCCCAGCUCGGCCCUGUCCAACCUCAGGACCUCCAGCUGGACCUUGCCCACCCUCUCCUGACCUCAUCUACAAGAUCCCCAGAGCUAGUGGGACCCAGCUGGCUGCUCCCAGAGAUGCCUUGGAGGUCUACGAUGUGCCCCCCACCGCCCUCCGGGUGCCCUCCAGUGGCCCCUAUGACUGCCCUGCCUCCUUUUCCCACCCUCUGACCCGGGUUGCCCCGCAGCCCCCUGGAGAGGAUGAUGCUCCUUAUGAUGUGCCUCUGACCCCAAAGCCACCUGCAGAGCUGGAACCAGAUCUGGAGUGGGAAGGAGGCCGGGAGCCGGGGCCCCCCAUCUAUGCUGCCCCCUCCAACCUGAAACGAGCGUCAGCCUUACUCAAUUUGUAUGAAGCACCCGAGGAACUGCUGGCAGACGGAGAGGGCGGGGGCACUGAUGAGGGGAUCUAUGAUGUGCCUCUGCUGGGGCCAGAGGCUCCCCCUUCUCCAGAGCCCCCUGGAGCCUUGGCCUCCCAUGACCAGGACACCCUGGCCCAGCUUCUGGCCAGAAGCCCCCCACCCCCACACAGGCCCCGGCUCCCCUCAGCUGAGAGCCUGUCCCGCCGCCCUCUGCCUGCCCUGCCUGUCCCUGAGGCCCCCAGCCCCUCCCCAGUGCCCUCUCCUGCCCCAGGCCGGAAGGGCAGCAUCCAGGACCGGCCUCUGCCCCCACCCCCACCCCGCCUGCCUGGUUAUGGAGGCCCCAAGGUCGAGGGGGAUCCAGAGGGCAGGGAGAUGGAGGAUGACCCAGCAGGACACCACAAUGAGUACGAGGGCAUUCCGAUGGCCGAGGAGUAUGACUAUGUCCACCUGAAGGGCAUGGACAAAGCUCAGGGAUCUAGGCCCCCGGAUCAGGCCUGCACAGGGGAUCCUGAACUGCCCGAGAGGGGGAUGCCGGCGCCACAGGAGGCCCUGUCCCCAGGGGAGCCACUGGUUCUGUCCACCGGAGAUCUACAGUUCCUGUACUUCUAUGCUGGGCAAUGCCAGAGCCACUACUCGGCCCUGCAGGCAGCCGUGGCAGCCCUGAUGUCCAGUACCCAGGCUAAUCAGCCCCCGCGUCUUUUCGUGCCCCACAGCAAGAGGGUGGUGGUGGCUGCUCAUCGCCUGGUGUUUGUUGGGGACACCCUGGGCCGGCUGGCAGCCUCUGCCCCUCUGAGAGCACAGGUCAGGGCUGCAGCCUAGGGUGGAGGUCACUGCACUGCCACCCACCUCUGGAAGACUGGCCGUGAAAAGUCAGGUGGCAGAAACCUGGGGCCACAUAGAGCCUCUCUCUUUUCCUGUUUCUUGGCUCUAGAAGAUCAGCACUGCACUGUUAGCUGAGAGUGCGGGCAAGACACAAACUGUCCAGAAUUUGAAGGUUCUCGGAAAGACCAGAGGGCUUCUCCCCACAGAAGGCGGAGAGAGCUGAGGCUCAGACAUGGGUGUGCACCUCAAUAAACCCUGCUGUCUGCCUCCCUGACUCUGCUUCUUGGGAGCAUGGUGAGCAGCCCUGGUGCUCAGCAGCCAUACCUAUGGGACGCACACUACGAAAAGGAUGCCUUUAGGGUUUGGGGGAGAUUUUACUCCUUUCUUCAACAACUAUUCACUGGACAAGUUCUCUGCUCCCAUGAUGCGCCAGGCACAGUUCUGCAAGUAUAUUGUGAAUGUAUUGUUCUAGUGGGAUACACAAAUAAGUCAGUUAAAAUACAUAAAUAAAAACAUAAACCUGC